AUGGAUAGUGCUCAUCUAAACAGCAUGUGUCAAACAUCAAAGCACCGGUCAAAUCAUCAUUGCAUUAGAGAUAAUCUCACAGACCCAGUUUUCAUUAAGAAGUAGAGUAAUGGCUAACCUCGCAUAAACUCCACUGUUGUGUUGGAUGCAGCAUGGGCCGAUUCUUCACUGAGCCGUUUUGUGAUAUGACGAAAUUGGAAAAAUAGAUGCUUGAGUGACAGGAUUUUGAAUGCAUUGUUUUCUAUUUAUUCAACCCGCCCGCCACCCACCCGCUCUUCAUCCAAUCAAUAUUUCAUGACCCUAAACCCGCCCGCCCCGUGGAUAUAACCGCGGGUACUGUGGGUUAUGCGUCAAACCCACGAAUCACUAGUAUAGAUGUUCUACAUUUGUGUUUAUAAUGACUGAAUUCCUUAUUUCAGCAGUUUGUGUUGCAUGCAUGAUAAUAUUGGACUGUAACCUGCAUACAACACAACAUAUUAAUCCUCUAGACUAGCUACAUUGUUUAGUUGAUUAUUUUUCACAUUAUUUGUUUGUAGAGUUGUAUGUAUCGCCUUUUCUCUCCCCACUUUAGCGCUUUUGUUCCUAUGGCCUGCACUGCUCUACAGCAUUGUAAUCAAAGACCAUACAUACUGUAGAUCCAUCGCCAUUUGAAUGAAUAUAGGAAUUAUCUGAUUGUAACCUAUACUCUAUGUCUACCAUACUAAUUAAUGUAAAUAGGAAUUCCAUGGUUGUAGCCUACAUGAUCUCAUACUCUAUCUCUCUCUACCCCCACAGACUCCCCACACAAGCAGACCUCCCCACUCCCCAGCAGCAAUGCCUCAGACAAGUCGUGCUCCAAGACAUCUGAGGUGGGGGACGACGUCCUGGGGGACUACGUAGUUAGCGAACGCGUCUGGGUCAACGGCGUCAAACCGGGCGUCAUCGCCUACCUGGGUGAGACCCAGUUCGCCCCGGGACAGUGGGCUGGGGUGGUCCUCAACGACCUGUUGGGAAAAAAUGACGGCUCUGUGGGCGGCGUGCGCUACUUUGAGUGCCAGUCACACCAGGGCAUCUUCACGCGCCCCUCCAAGCUCACCAGGCAACCGGUGGGCGAAGGGAGCGACGGCCACUCCACUGAUUCGCUGACAGCUCAGAACCUGACGCUCCAUGGCGUCAACGGGGCUUCGCCCGCUGGUCAGCGCGUGGUUAUGCCACUCAGGGAAGGGAUGCUCAACAGCUCGGUGAAGACGGGUAACGAGUCAGGUUCCAACAUGUCCGACAGCGGCUCGGUCAAGAAAGGCGGGGAUAAGGACCUUCGAGUGGGAGACCGCGUGCUGGUGAGUCCAUGUCCACAUACACACGCACACAUUAACAUGCACGUACGCACACACACACACACUCACACUCACACACACACAGUGUUGAGUUACCAGUGUGGUUCAGACAUAGUUUCUAGGUCAAAUAUACUGAACAAAAAUAUAAACACAACAUGUAAAGUGUUGGUCCCAUCUUUGAUGAGCUGAUAUGAAAGAUCCCACAAAUGUUCCAUACGCAAAAAAAGCAUAUUUCACUCACAUUUUGUCCACAAAUUUGUUUCAUCCCUGUUAGUGAGCAUUUCUCCUUUGCUGAGAUAAUCCAUCCACCUGACAGGUGUGGCAUAUCAAGAAGCUGAUUAAACAGCAUGAUCAUUACACAGGUGCACCUUGUGCUGUGGACAAUAAAAGUCCACUCUAAAAUGUGCAAUUUUGUCACACAAUGCAAUGCCACAGAUGUCAGAAGUUUUGAGGGAGUGUGUAAUUGGCAUGCUGACUACAGGAAUGUCCACCAGAGCUGUUGCCAGAGAACUGAAUGUUAAUUUCUCUACCAUAAGUCUCAAACGCCGUUUUAGAGAAUUUGGCAGUACGUCCAACUGGCUUCACAACCGCAGACCAUGUGUAACCACGCCAGCCCAGGACCUCCACAUCUGGCUUCUUUACCUGCGGGAUCGUCUGAGACCAGCCACCCGGACAGCUGAUGAAACUGUGGGUUUUCACAACCGAAGAAUCUCUGCACAAACUGUCAGAAACCGUCUCAGGGAAGCUCAUCUGCGUGCUUGUCGCCCUCACCAGGGUCUUGACCUGACUGCAGUUUGGCGUCGUAACCGACUUCAGUGGACAAAUGCUCAGCAUCGAUGGCCACUGGCACGCUGGAGAAGUGUGCUCUUCACAGAUGAAUCCUGGUUUCAGCUGUACCAGGAAGAUGGCGUCAUGUGAGCAAGCAGUUUGCUGAUGUCAACGUUGUGAACAGAGUGCCCCAAUGGUGAAGGUGGGGUUAUGGUAUGGGCAGGCAUAAGCUACGGACAAUGAAUACAAUUGCAUUUUAUCGAUGGCAAUUAGAAUGCACAGAGAUACAGUGAUGAGAUCCUGAGGCCCAUUGACGUGCCAUUCAUCCGCCGCCAUCACCUCAUGUUUCAGCAUGAUAAUGCACGGCUCCAUGUCGCAAGGAUCUGUACACAAUUCCCAUUCUUCCAUGGCCUGUAUACUCAUCAGUCAUGUCACCCAUUGAGCAUGUUUGGGACGCAUGUACUACAGCGUGUUCCAGUUCCUGCUAAUUUCCAGUGACUGCACAGCUAUUGAAGAGGAGUGGGACAAUAUUCCACAGGCCACAAUCAACAGCCUGAUAAACUCUAUGCGAAGGAGAUGUGUCGCGCUGCAUGAGGCAAAAUGGUGGUCACACCAGAUACUGACUGGUUUUCUCAGUCAUAUGAAAUCCAUAGAUUAGGGGCCCAAUUAAUCUAUUUCAAUUGACUGAUUUCCUUAUAUGAACUGUAACUGUAAUGAACUGUAAUUGUUGCGUUUAUAUUUUUGUUCACAUUUUGCAACUUUCAUACCCACGUAGUAUCAAGACAAAACCACUCUGGAAAAAGCAAUGUGUAAAUGUUUUUCACUGUAUGAAAACAUAUGAUGGAAAAUUAUGUUGUUGACAUGAAGAGCACGUUUGCUUUGACCCUCGCUCCACGAAAGCAAUGACAAUGGUAAAAAAAAAAAAGAACGUUCAAUCCUAACACUACAGGCAAUGCAAUUUAUCCAUACUGAUUAUGAUUUACCUGUAAAUCAGCUAGCUUUAUCAUUCUGAAAGUCUGAGAAACCAGACCUGGACUGA